AACUGUGACAAAAAUUAGAGUUCUCCUUGGGCAAGAUUGGACAUACGUUGCCAGGUCAGGACACAACACGCAAUUCAAAAGCGGGAGUAUUUAGAAGAAUUUUCAGCAACAGACCAGACUCGCGUAAGCCAUGAAGACACUCUCAAACAUCGUUUUUCUUUCCUGCGUAUUCCUUGCAACUACACUAUUUUCCAAAGUUGUUUCACAAAACAACACAAGUUCAAUUGGGAUUGCAGAAAACAGCACCAUGACGUUUGCAAAUUCAACACCUCACGCAUCGGCUUCCAUCGUUAUCAUCGCGUCAUCCAGUAUUGCUGCUGUCAAUUCUGCGAACUCAACAGAGAAUGUCAAUGUUGUAGCUUCAUCAAUCUCUGUCAAUUCUAUCAGUGCUAAAACUACGUCAGCUGCUGUAAACCUUCAAGUUCAACCUGCCAGUUCAACAGGGAAUGUCGGUGCUGAAGCUACGUCAGUUUCUGUCAAACCUGCCAGUUCAGUUGGGAAUGUCGGUGCUUCUGGAGAGACCACAUCUUUGACAUCUCUUCCUGAAAACACAGCUGCUUCAAACGUACAGCAGACUUCAGUUUGGGCCAGUGCUUCACAACCUCAACCAGAGUCUAGUUCAAAUGCUGCAGCAAUGACCAGCAAUAUUGUGCCAACUCAAUCAAAAGCAGCAGGACCCCAGUCGUCUUCUGUCUCUACCAACCCGCUGUCUUGCUAUUAUUGCAAAUACAACCAGACAGGACACUGCGAAAAGAAAUCAAAGAAAUGCAACUCAGAUGGAAAAUAUUGCAUUGACUACAACUUCAAAUUCAAGAAUGGCGAUCAAUCAAUUGGAAAAGAUUGUGCUGUUGAAGAAUACUGUAAAGAAGGCGUGUCCAGUGACGAUGCUUGCCGAUAUCAUAACAAAACUCAAGAAAUAAAUGGUGCCAUCAAGGACAAGGAAUGCAGUUUCACUUGCUGCAAGACCAAUUUGUGCAACGACAAUUUCUCAGAAGCAUCGUUCAUUUCAUUCCAGUUUGCUUGCUGGAUGAUAAUCCUCGUCUCUCUUUGCUUCGUCACUUAAACUCCUCAGGUCGAAAUAUUUAAGUUAAAGAAACAUAAAACGCAGUCUAAAACGUUUGCCUGCAAAUAAACGUAGCUCAUAUAGGUAAGAACUGUACUCAGUUUAUAUAGUAGUUCACAUUAUUUAGAACCAACGGUGUAGUGAAUGCCUCGACAUUCAGAAUUAUCAAGUGUAGAUAUUGUCAUUUAACUUUCUAAAUAUACGUUUAUUUUACUUGUACGUUGUAUUUCCUCGUUUAUAUCUUGCCAGAUUCAUGACAUACUUUUAUGUAAACAAAUAAAUAAAUUGUUACUAAACUAUACAUACUCUCAAUAUUAGCCAAAUGCAUCUUACCGCCUACAUUCAAAUAUAUUGUGAAAUGUACUGAACACAAGUAUUCUUCAAGGUAAAAAUAUUCCUAAGAGUCAUAUCAUAACUUAUCAAACUUAUUUUUCUAACAUAAUUUAUUGGCGGUUUUUAUGUUUGGAGUCGUAGCUAUAUAUCCUAGAAAGGAAGUCUCUCUCAAAGGAAGGCAUUCAAGAGUGUGUGGGCAGUACAGUACAACGGCGGAAGGGCAUGCCUUGUUUAUCGUCGUGCUUCGUACGUCCUCAGUAAGAUAUACUCAAAAUCUCCGGUAUGUUGCCAUAUUUGUAUGUUUGAAGAUAUACGACGCGCGGGAGAAGCAGGACAUAUGGACAGUUGUAAAAUCAACAAACCAGUAUUGAUGUUUGAUCUUGAUGGCAUCAAUACUUGGCUGAUUGGGAAAACGUUGGAGAUUAUGAGAAUAAGAAGACAAUUCUCCUUGCGUGGAUUAAGAGGCAGCCAGUCAACAGAUUUAAAGGAUGAAGAGAUCUAUAAUUCGGUUCAUCGUGUUUACAGACGAGAAUUGAGAAUAUCAAAAAGCAGAUAUGAGAAAGUGGCAGAAUAUAUCAACGAAGUAUUCCUUGCUUUGGCUAAUUAUGAUGCGAGAUUUCACUUUGAUCCAAUGUCCAUUGAUGACUACCAGUGUGAGAUUGUCUCACCGAGUGAACUGAGGGUGAUUUGUGAACUCAAACAUCUUUCUAAAUUCAGCUACGAGGUCGACGGUGAAGCAUCAGAUGGCAGAGUUCAGAUCAGAUUACGUGACGAUGUUCAUAGAUACGACAUUGUCUCUUGGGAUGACGUAUGCAGCAAACGGAACCAGAGAACAGACAAAGAUUUUCUAAACACACGAACUGUGCUGGAGGUCUUCACCACAGCCCUGGGACGAGCGGUUCGUGACGUAUGGAACAAACACCGGAACGUUGGCCUAGUGUACCGGGUUUCCGGGAACCAAGCUCGAAUUUAUGUUGAUAUUCCUGAUACCGGAUUUUUUACAGUUUCGUUAAUCCCUGCGAUCAAGCUAACGGAGAGUGCGGUCAAGGGACUGGACACGAAAUCAGAGCUUCUCAAAGGCCUGGGAGAAAAGGAAGAAUACUUUUCGACAAUUUAUGCGACCGCGCAACCAAACCGUUAUUUCCAGGACGAAUCUUGGCAGCUUUCGUUUACAACUUUAGAGAAUAGGAUUAUGAACGCUGAGCAAUUUAUCUGUGGGCGCGUGUGUUUACACGCAUUACGUCAUUUGCUUCUCUCGUCCAAGACUCCUCGAUGCGGAAUCCGAGCGCUGACUUUGUCUCAUCUACAGCUGGCUGUCAUACAACAGUACGCGCAACAUCCUGAAGCAAAGGACUGGACUCCAGCUAAAUUUAUCAAACGUCUUACGGGAACAAUGAUGUCACUCAAAUCUUGCUUAAGAGAGGGUACAUGCGUCAAUCAAUUUUCAGGGGCAAACGUAUUCGCGCAGUUUGACUUGAAAUCUUUGAAAGUUCUGGCGAAAGAUGUGGAACACGCCAACACAAAAUGCAGAGAAAAAUUAGCGCGCGUGUCCGUGUAGCUAUCCGGAGAGCAAGACGAGAUCUUUAAGAUCUAGAGACGCGACUUCCAAGAACUUGAAAUUGGCAUAUAAAAAAAUAAUAUACAUUCUAAUAAUCAGUUUCACUCUUUGUAAUCUCCCAAUUCAUGCAGCUUCUAAUAUAUGACACUAUCAACCAGAAGUUAAGAAGCAAGUGAAGUACUGUAUAUAUCACGAAUAUUGAUCCACCUGGAUUUCUUGUAAAUAUUAACUAUUACUCAAAAUAUAAAGAAAUAUAUUUCGUUCAAAUAUUUGGUGAAAA